UACUUCAGGAGCAGAGUCAGUGAUGAAGAUCUGUCCAGCAGAAUCAUCUCACACAUCAAGACCUCCAGGAGCCGCCACAUCAUGUGUCUGAUCCCAGUCUUCUGCUGGAUCACUGCUACAGUUCUGGACCACAUGUUGACCACAGACCACAGAGGAGAGCUGCCUAAGACCCUGACUGACAUGUACUCACACUUCCUGCUGGUUCAGACAAAGAGGAAGAAGAAGAAGUACGAUGAAGGACAUGAAACGAGUCCACAUGAGCUGAUGGAGGCUGACAGGGAGGUUCUUCUGAAACUGGGGAAGCUGGUGUUUGAACAGCUGGAGAAAGGAAACAUCAUGUUCUACCAAGAAGACCUGGAGCAGUGUGGUCUGGAUGUCACAGAGGCCUCGGUGUACCCAGGAGUUUGUACACAGAUCUUCAAAAGAGAGAGUGUGAUCUUUUAGAAAACAGUCUACUGCUUUGUUCAUCUGAGCGUUCAGGAGUUUCUGGCUGCAGUCUACAUGU